AUGGUAACAACUCUCGAGUCAGUUCUGGUUCCACUAGCCGGUAACAAAGCUGGAGUUUCCGUCGAUAAUCCACUGGCGGGGCGCACCAUUGGACUCAAAGAACCACUUUGUGGAAGCCCAUCAAUUCGCUUUUAUACGGACAACUUUAAUGUGAAUGAAUUUGUGGAGCUUUUAAGUGCUAGUACGACAUUUUUAAAGUUUGUGGUGGGUGAAAUAGGUAAAACGGUUUACUUUUUGGAUGUUGAUUUGAUACCAAAGUCUGUGUGCAGUGAAGCCUGUCAUCCCGGAUGCAGAAAAGUUGUGCGACAAGGAGAGUCAGUGUGUUGCUUUGAUUGUAUCCCUUGUUCAGAUGGAGAGGUUUCUAAUGGAUCAGGUAUUUGUAUAAAAUGUCCUGAAGAUUACUGGUCAAAUACAGAGAAAGAUUUAUGCAUUGCAAAAUACAUUGAAUUCCUUUCGUAUGAAGACCCCUUGGGUACCUCAUUAGCUGCCAUUGCUGUUGUCUUUUCCCUCAUGCCUGUGGGGGUCCUUUGUAUAUUUAUCAAACAUCAUGAUACACCAGUUGUCAAAGCAAAUAACCGGGAAGUCAGCUACUUUCUCCUUAUAAGUAACCUGUUAUGUUUACUGACUGCUUUAAUAUUUAUUGGACCACCAAAGGACGAAACAUGCAUUUUCAGACAACCUGCUUUUGGCAUAUUCUUUUCCAUUUGUGUUUCUGCUAUUCUUGCCAAGACUGUUACUGUAGUGAUUGCUUUUAAUGCAACAAAACCAGGAAGCCGACUGAAGAACUUGGUUGGGUCAAAGACAUCAUUUUUUAUAAUAUUCUGCUGUUUACUGUUACAAUUUAUUUUAUGCAUUAUAUGGCUAUCUGUUUCUCCACCUUUCUCAGAGACUGACAAAAAGCUUCCAGAGAAAACAGUGAUUCAGUGUAAUGAGGGUUCAGUAUUAAUGUUCUAUUGCAUGCUGGGAUAUUUAGGUAUAUUAGCAACUGUAAGCCUCUUAAUAGCCUUUCUUGCCAGAAACCUGCCGGAUAGCUUCAAUGAGACCAAGUUUAUCACAUUUAGUAUGAUUGUUUUUGUAACCGUUUGGCUAACAUUUAUUCCAGCUUACGUCAGCACAAAAGGGAAAUACAUGGUUGCUGCUGAGAUUUUUGCGAUUCUCUCAUCUAGCAUUGGGUUGCUACUUUGCAUUUUUUCACCCAAAUGCUAUAUUAUUAUAAUGAGACCAGAAAUGAAUACUAGAGGAUACAUUGUGAGACAAUAA